UAUUGGUGCAAUAUUGUUUGCCAAUAUUGGCCCAAUAUUGUUUUGUUUUUAUUACUCAAAUAUUGGCCAAUAUUGAGAUUUUUACAUAUUGGUACGCAGGCGUAACAUUAUUGCUUAUUCAUAAUGUCCUUUAGUUUUGUCCUUUGAUGUCCACAAUACUUUUAAUAGAAUAUUUACAGAUUGAAUCACGAGAAGAAGUGGUUUUAAUUUAUUUAAAAACAGAUUGUAUCACGAGAAGAAGUGGUUGUAAUUUAUUUAAAACAGAUUGAAUCACGAGAAGAAGUGGUUGCAGUUCAUUUAGAAACAGAUUGUAUCACGAGAAGAAGUGGAAAAAUAUUUCUGUGCUCUAAGAUAAAGAUUGAAAUAGUAAUGAAAAAAUCAAUAAAAACAACUCGAUCUGCUAAAUCACAUUAUAUUAGAAGAGUAGUAAAGCAACAUUUAAAUGAAAUUCACUCAACAAGUAAUGUUGAAAAUACGAAUCACUCAACAAGUAAUGUUGAAAAUACGAAUGAAUUACUUAACUGUGGAAAUGCAAUAAACUUCAGUGAUGAGUCUAUUAACCAUAAUAUGUUAUAUCAAAAUUCUUAUAAUUAUUUGGCUGAAGACACAUUAAAAUCCUCAAAUGUUGAGUUUGGUGACAUAUCAUAUUUUGAUGAAAACCAACCCUCGAAUUUGACAAAUAGUUCUGAUGAUGACUGUAACAUAACUGAUGAUGAGCAUGGCUACUAUCCUUCAUGUUCCAGUGACAAUGAAGAAGCUCAGGAUGAAGUUACUUUGAAAGAACUGCUUAUUUGCUGGUCAGUCAAACACAAUGUAACACAUAGUGCUUUAUCAGAUUUACUAAAAAUCUUGUCAAAACAACAUCCAGAUUUGCCCAAAGAUAGUAGAACCUUAUUGAAAACAAAAAGCAGUUCUGACAUUAUUAUCAUGCAAGACAUGUUUGGGCAAAAGGCAGAGUUUGUUUAUUUUGGUUUGAAACAUCAGUUAAUUAGUUUGCUAGUGUUUAACAGCAUUGAAAGCUGCAAAGUUAGUUUAUUGUUUAGCAUUGAUGGAUUGCCUUUGUAUAAGAGCUCUGGAAAACAGUUUUGGCCAAUACUUUGCAGUGUUACAAUUGGUGAAAAUAUUUAUAAACCAUUUGUAGUUAGCAUAUUUUGUGGCAACAGCAAACCUAAAAGUUCAGCUAUUUUUCUAGCUAGUUUUGUAGCUGAAUUCAAUGUUUUGAAGAAACAAGGUUUAUUUAUAGGUGAAAAUCACUUUACCAUUCAUGCUAAAGGCUUUGUGUGUGAUGCACCUGCACGCGCUUUUGUUAAAUGUAUAAAAGGACAUAAUGGGUAUUAUGGUUGUGAACGAUGCAUUCAAAAGGGAACUAGGGUAGAUAAUAGAACUGUAUUUCCUGAUGUAAAUGCAAUGAAGAGAACAGAUGCUUCCUUUGCAUUAUUCCAGCAAGUUCAGCAUCACAAACCAGAUGCAGUACCCCCACUGUUAGAGCUUAAUAUCGGUCACAUCUCUCAAUUUCCACUAGAAUAUAUGCAUCUAGUUUGUCUUGGUGCCACACGAAGGUUACUUCUGCAUUGGCUUCGUGGAAAACGUGCGGUAAAAAUAAGCACGCUAAUUGCUGAUUUAAUUUCAAAUGGAUUAAAAAAUUUGGCAGCAUAUGUUACUGUUGAAUUUGCACGUAAACCAAGAUCACUAAAAGACAUUGAUCGAUGGAAAGCCACAGAAUUUCGUCUAUUUUUGUGUUACCUUGGACCUCUUGUAUUACGAAGCCAUCUUACCAAUAAUCUGUACCAGCAUUUUAUGUUAUUGCAUGUCGCAAUUAAUAUUUUAGCUAAUCCAAAUAUGUGCUGGACGCAUGUUGAUUAUGCAGAAAAAUUGUUAAAUAUAUUUGUCAUGCAAAUGCCAGAUUUCUAUGGCAGCAGCUCAAUAAACUACACAAUGCACAGCCUUUGUCACAUUUGUGAUGAUGUAAGACAGUAUGGUUCACUUGAUGAGUAUAGUGCAUUUCCUUUUGAAAAUGCUUUAGGCAUUAUGAAACGAUUGUUACGAAGUGGCCACAUGCCAUUGCAGCAGUUGUGUCGACGUUUGUCAGAAAGAAUUAAUAGCAACACAUAUUCUAUCAGUCGCAAUAUGCACCUGAUACCAAGUUUAAAAAGGUUACACAGCAAUGGUCCUACCUUAGGGUACUAUGGAAAGCAAUAUCUAAAGGUUGAGUAUGCUGGUUUCACAUAUUUUUGUGCAAAUUCCAACAACUGUGCUUUACUUGAUAGUGGUAAAGUUGUCCUUAUUGAAAAUGUUAUUGAUGCUGACAAUAUAAUGAUAAUUACACGUGUUUUUGGACUUAAAGAAAAUUUCUACACCUAUCCAUGUGAAUCUUCUUUGCUCAAUAUUUUUAAAGUUAGUCAACUAUCUGAUCAAUUUUUUGCUUGUCCUAUAACUUCAAUUGUAAAAAAAUGCUUAUUAUUGCCUAGAGAAACUUAUUUUGUUAGUUUUGCUUUACUUCAUCGGGACUAGUAAACAAACUAAAUGUUAGGGUGUUAUUUUAAUGUUAUAAAUUUUAAUAAUUUUUUUAAAGAAAGAUAUAAUAAUUAUAUUUACUAAAGUCAAUUUUGUUUUAGCUUGAGUUUAAUUUUAUAGUAGUUUUUUAAUCUUCAAAAGUAAAGUUACAAUUGACUGUACAUUUACUGCAGUAUGCCAGUUAACUAAAUCUUUUUAUUUAAAAAUGAAUAUGAAAUUAGUUUGUACCAAUUAAUUUUUGUUUUCUUUUUUUAGUGUUGCAUUUAAACAAAGUUAAGGAGAGCUCAUAACGAUUUGCAUUUCCUAACAACUAUUAUUUUUGUUUUUAAACUCCAACUUUUUGUGUCUUCUGUCUAUUUUUGACUAAUACUGUUACAUAUUUUUAAAAAGUAGAAAACUUUUUUAAGGUUAUUUAAAAGCUGAAAGUUUUUUUUUAAUGAUCUUUUUCAAUCAAGUGUGAAACUGUCAAUAAAAGAGACAUAACACAGGCAGCAUUUAUAAAACAAAUGUGUUAAGUAUUUACAAAAAAUGUCACUUUUAUUUAAAAGUAAAAAGUCUCAUUGUUUCCAGUAUUAAAACUUUUGAUAAAUUGCUCAAAACCUCACAUUUUACUGUAAUUAGUAAAAAUGUUAAAAUCUAAGUUUUCACAUUAAUUAUCCCUUCACUAUGCUGACCACACAAGUAGUGAAGGAUCGUGGCUGAUAUUUGACUAGGGCCGGGGCAGGGUUUGGUAAAACAUAGCUGGGGUCAAGGUUAUUGCCGGGGCUGCCUUAAUCUUGAGAAACCCUUUAAAUGAAAUGAGUCUUUAAUCUUGUAUUAAA